AUGUCUGGAUUUGAGGUCAUCAAACUCCUCCAUUACGGCAAGUGCAACGAUGUGUUUGUCUCUAGAGACGCUCAAGGGAACCUGGUGGCUGUAAAACGCUUUUACAAGCUGGAACUCGAAAAUCGCAGCGACUACACCAACCGCGGAGGCAAAAUCGUCAAACGGGACUGGACCCAGGCGUUUAAAGAGUCAAUUGACGUCCAACGGAUGAUUGAAUGCGAUUUUUGCAUCAAACUCUUGGAUGUAGUUGGAGAUUUUGACGCACAGGGCGGUGACGUUGAAAUGGGAGCUCUAUGGCUACAAACGGGAGCCUAA